UGGGUUUAUGGCGGUUCUACUUGUCUUAUAAUAAGGACGUCGAUAUUCUGGACUACUUAGUCCAUAACCAGCUGCUGUCUAGUACCACGACGCGACAUAGCCAUGUCCGGCGCACCUAAGGUCGUAUUGGUGACUGGAUGUUCUAACGGCGGAAUUGGAUUCCAUCUGUGCCUGCAUUUCGCGAAACAUGGCUGUAAAGUCUACGCAACGUCACGCAGACUUGAGUCAAUGGACGCCUUUGACCACCCGUCAAUACGUAGACUUGCAAUGGAUGUCACCAGCGAGGAGGACGUCGAAGCUGUAGUGCAGCAGAUCAUAGAGGCUGAAGGACGGAUAGACGUGGUGGUGAAUAAUGCCGGACAUGCGUGCAUUGGUCCAACCGUUGAAAUCCCGCUCGAAACGGUGAAGCGUACCUUCGACGCAAAUGUCUACGGAGCGUUGCGGACCGCGCAAGCCGCCUUCCCGCACAUGGCGGCUCGAAAGUCCGGGCUGAUAGUUAACAUCGGUUCUGUGGUCGGGCAUAUUGCUACGCCAUGGGCUGGGAUAUACUGCGCCACGAAAGCAGCCCUGCGCUCCAUAACUGAGAGCCUGUACAUGGAGUUCAAGCCUUUCAAUAUCGACGUCAUGUUGGUUGCCCCCGCUGGUAUCAAGUCCAACUUCUCAAGUAACCACGCGCAAACCUUCACUCUCCCGGAGGACUCGUUAUAUAAAGACUACCUGGACAGGAUGCUGGAGCGCAUGUGGGCGAGUCAAGGCAAAGGUUCCAUGCCCACAGAGGAGUUUGCGGAACUUGUGGUCCGGAAGGCCCUCCGCAGGAAGCCUCCUGCAAUCCUCGAGGGAAUGGGGGCUGGUGGGACCUUGAUCACUAUCCUGAAGUGGCUGCCCAGGACGUUUGCGUUGUACUUGAUGUGCAGAGCGCUCAUCAGGAAGUAA